CAUACCUGGCGCAGAACCCUGACCCCGCCCCGGGCCGCACCCGGAACGCGGAACGCGCUCUCCGCGGGUCAGAGCCAGCCAUGGCGGCGGCGCCGGCCCUGUGCACCUCGCCGGGGCCCCCGCUGAGCGAUGCACCGUCCCCGGCGGCGAGCGCGCCGGGGCUGGCGUCCGGCCUGGGCCGCUGCCGGAUGGCGCUGCUGCUGGCCGUGGCGCUGGACGUGGCGGGCAUGGCGGCGCUGCUGACCGGCGUGUUCGCGCAGCUGCAGGUGCGCGGCCGCGACUUCGGCGACCUGCUUAUCUACACGGGCGCGCUGCUUGUCUUCCUGAGCCUGCUCGGCUGGAUCCUCUGGUACACCGGCAACAUCGAGAUCUCGCGCCAGGAGCUCGAGCGCGACUACGGCCUGAGGCCCUCGGCGCUCGCCCGCCUUGCGCGGAAGCUCUCCCGCCGCUGGUCGGCGCCGGCUUCCUCCGCCGCCGGCCGGCGCACCGCGCCCGGCUCCCAGGGAGCGCGCCGCGUCGUCCGCACGCCUCCGCCGCCCGCCGCCGGUUCCCGCCGCGUGCGCCUGCAGCUCGCCUCGCUGGAGGCCGGGCCCGGGGCGACGGGAGCGGGCACAGAGUGAGCCCGAGAUGAGGAAACAGUUGAAGACGAACAAAUGUAUGCAUAGACGAAGCGUGAGCUAACACACAGUUUGACAUACCAUGCAGAAAUAACUGCCAGUGGUUAAAAUUACCCCCUGGAAACACUUUACCUUGCCCAGAAAUCUUAACGCAGCUGUGGCGGACCAGAACCUGCUGCCAGAACCACUUGCCAGAAACUGGCCAAGCUGAUUGGACUCUAGGCCCCUCUGAGAAGGAAAACGGGCUUGUCCAAAGACAGGACUCUCAUCAUGGGCAGGGCGAGGUGGCUCCAGCACCCAAGCGACAGAGAACUGGAAUUUGAACAGAGGGACUGUGGGUGGGGCUCCAGGCGCUGCUCUCCCCCUCUGGGACCAAAACCCAUUGGGAUGCACAGACCCGGCCCCAGCCCACGUCAUUGCUCCCCGUGUCAUCUCCUCUGUCUCCGCCUCUCUGUGUCCCUGUGUCUGUCACAGUCCAUCUCCCAUGUCCCUCUGCAUCGUGCCUCUGUGGUCCCCUCGACUCCUCUGCCUCUCAUCUCCCACCCUGUACCUCUGGGGUCCGCUGCGUUAAAGGGACAGUUGCUGCUGCCAGCAGGCUGCGAAAAUCGGAGGAGCCCUGAAUGAGCAAGUGUGAGAGUCCAUUGUGAGGGGCCAAAGCAGGAGGAAGGGGCCCCUGGCCGUGCAUGGUGGACCUGGGAUGCAGGGGUCCCGAGCCACCACUAACGCCACCCUCCAUC